AUGAGUGAAUCAAAUUCUUGUGUAACAUCAUCACCGAUUCGCGUACAUUUUUCUGAUGUAACAAAUAAAAAGAAUAUUAUUGAUGAUGAUCGUCGAUGGAAGUUACCAAAUGCUGCACCAACAAUAACAAUUGAUAAUGAUGAAAAUGAAAAUGAUGCAUGGAAUGAAUAUCGACAUUUAUUUGAAACAAGUCGUUCACAUAUGUUAAAUUUAUCGUCCGUUGAUAAUUAUUUACUUCGACAUAGUAGCGCAAAUACAAGUUUAAAUGAAUCAACAUCACUUGAACCAUUAGUUGAUAAUCAUAAUGAUAUUUUUUCAAUGAUUGAACAUGCAGGAAUUACAUUCGAAGCAUUAGCUGGAUCAUCAUCAACAGAUUUUCUUGGUAGUACAAGUGGUUAUCAUUCAUAUGAACCAUCGCCAUUUAAUCAACGUUCAAAACGAUCAUCUUUACUCGAUCCAUCCGCAGCUGAAUUUAGUAUGGAACUUGAAGCAGCUUCAACAUCAAUUCAGCAAUCAAUAAAUCGAUCGUCAUUUCAAAGUGAUCAACCAGUUCGUCGCUCUUCACGGUCACAAAAUUCAACUCUACCACGUAUUUCGACUUCAUAUGAAUAUAAAUUUGGUGGCUACGGUCGAGGAAUUAAUGAAUUUCUUGAACCAAAUGGUAUUAGUUUUCUUUCGGAUGGUACUAUUUCAGUUGUUGAUACAAAUUCAAGUCAAGUUAAAUUAUUCGAUCCUGUUCGUAGAGAAUGUGUACUUAAAUUUGGUCAAGCUGGUACAAGACCUGGUGCAUUGCUUUAUCCAUAUCGUGUUGCUGUUUUACCUGGACAUGAUUUACUUGUUAUGGUUCAACGAUCUCCACGACCAAUGAUACAAAUAUUUGAUCGUAAUGGUCAAUUCAUUCGCCGUUUUGGUAAUGAUCUCGAAAGUCCACGAGCUAUUUGUAUUGAUCAACAAGGUCGAAUUAUUAUUAUUGAAUCAAAAAUUAUGAAAGUUCAUAUAUAUGAUGCAACAUCAGGUCGUCUUUGGGGUCAAUGUGAUUUACGUGAUCAUUUAAGUUUUCCAACAAGUGUCUGUGUCAAUGAUCGACAUGAACUCUAUAUAAGUGAUAAUGAAUCACAUUUUGUACGAGUAUUUGAUUAUAAUGGACAGCAUUUAAAAAAUAUUGGUGCUGGUAUAUCAUAUCCAAUAGCAUGUCGUAUUAAUCAACCACGUCGUGAACUUAUUGUUGUUGAUAAUCACGAGAAUUUUAAUAUUACAACAUAUGAUUAUGAUGGAAAUAAAAAAUAUUCACAUUAUUCAUUAAUGAAACAUUCUCAAUGUUUCGAUGUCGCUGUUGGAUAUAACGAUGAAUUAGCAAUGGCAUCUAAAGAUUAUAAAAUUUAUGUUUAUAAAUUAGGUGAAGGUCUUGAAACGCCGGCAAACAGUAGUGAUAUAAAUCAUAAUUAUUAUUAA